UUGUUUGUCAUAGGUAAUUUUCUAUUCAAUUUAGGCCAGCUAGUCUUGGAAAAUGUACCCAUCAAGCGCAAGGCUUUGCGGAGGUUCAACCUUCCAGUGUACAUAAGCUCAGGUAUUGUUGGCAAACUAACGGUGUCGAUCCCCAUUACUCGCCUACACGUCGAGCCUUGGGUGAUAUCGAUCAGCGAUGUGAGUGUUGUCAUAGAAUCGAGUCACCUUGAGUAUGACGUGGAAUUCGAUGAGCAGUACGCACAAUUUAAAAAGAACGAACAGAUGAACGCAUUGGAAAUCAUUCACAGGAAGCAUAUAUACCAGUCAUUCUCGUACGACAACAGCUGGUGGAACUAUGGUACAUCUUUGGCCCUUAGGAUCAUGGAAAAUGUGCACUUGGUCGCUUCCAACAUCAGCGUUGUGUAUCGAGACCGUUCUACGGCAGCGGAUCAUCCGUUCACUUUGGGUAUUAGCAUAUCUGAGCUGACCAUGCAGAAUUCUGACAAGAAUUGGGUUCGUGGCUAUAACGUACGUCGUCCUGACGAAAACAUGUUCAAAAUUAUCGAUCUGGUAGGAUUCAGCGUGUACUGGGAUUCUGGCUGCUCCGAGGACGAAAAUAUCGUUAACGCUCUGGCACAGUUAGUGUUUGGUCAUGAACGGUCAUUGGAGCACGAAUACAUUCUACAUCCUUUGGCGAUGACCGUUCAUAUUCAGAAGCGUGCUUCGGUUUGGUGGAGGUUCGCGAUUGAACACUGUUGUGAUGACUGGAAGUUGAGACGAAGCCGACUGCGUCCUGCCUACGUCGCCAACCGCGCUCACCACUUCACCUCGUACUGCAAGGCAUACAGCCAGAAAUUGCUCAACAAAGGUUUUACGAAAUCGGACGAAGUUCUGAUGCGUCAGAUCGAACAUGAAUACUCUCUUGACGAUCUCUACCUCUUCAGGGAAGUGGCCGUAGAAUAUCUUGUAAGGCCAUUUGUACCUGAUGUUCAGGCUUCACCAAGCACGGUCUCUCCCAUCGCCCAACAACAGAGCUGGCUAAGAUCGUGGAUUGACUGGUUCACGGCGACUGGAACCUAUAACAGCGAAUUGGUCACGAUAGCUGCCGAGAAGAAAGAAGCAGGUUCUAAAGGAGACCAAGAUACGAACGACGAUGAACAAGUUCUAUCUUCCGCGGAAAAAUUACAGCUGGAGAAGAUGCUGGCUGAGAAUGUGUUAGACAUCAUGGACGAGAUCACUUGCUGUCAUGAAGCAGAGGUUUUCGCCGAGCUGCAUGUUUCCGUCGCAAAUUUGGCAUUAAGUACUUGCGAUGAUUCGAUCUAUCCGGAAACAAGCCCAUGGAAUAAACGUAGUGUUAGGACGUCAGCCAUGAACAACAAGCAUCGCAGCGUAAUUAGCGACACGUCGGUCGAGGUGACAUCGCAGGUAGUCUUUCAACCGGUCGAAAAUUCAGACUCUGUUUCUUAUAAAUACGAUGUACGUGUAUCGUUCGACAAACAAGUGACGGUCGGAUUGGACCAGCGUGAGUACCUGAGCUUAAAACGACUAUUCUUCGCCCACGAGGACCGUCGUCCAUCAGAUGCUGGAGAGACUGGUUCCGACAAAAUCUCUGAGGUCUCUGGAACAAAGCUACAGCCGUCCUUGGAUAGCCAACUGGUGCUGAACGUCGACAUGACGGCCGUGUGUUUAAAUCUGCGCACGUUGUUCGCUGGGGUCGAAGAACAGCAACUCUCAGUCAAGCAGAUCAUGGUGGUAGACGAACUGGAAGGUGUUGACAUCGCAGUCGCAGAGAAGCUGACCGUUAGAAACUCAGGGCUCAUUCCAUUGAAGACGACACCGGGUGCCGUACAAAUAUUCUACAUGGAUCGAAUAAACUCGUGCUCUUGUUGCAUGUCAUUUUUGACAAAAUCUUCCCAUUCUAUUGGAGGUGUUCCCGGCGGUAGCCUGCCAUCAGGCUUUGCGUUUAGUAUCUGCUUCGCAAGGCGGCAAUUGUCUAUUUACUGA